CUGAGUUGUGAAGGUGCAGGAAUUGGGGCUGAUCUGAGGUGUGAAGGCGCAGGAAGUAGGGCUGAUCUGAGGUGUGAAAGUGCAGGAAUUGGGGCUGAUCUGAGGUGUGAAGGUGCAGGAAUUGGGGUGAUCUGAGGUGUGAAGGUGCAGGAGUUGGGGAUGAUCUGAGGUGGGAAGGUGCAGGAAUUGGGGUGAUCUGAGGUGUGAAGGAGUUGGGGCUGAUCUGAGGGGUGAAGGUGCAGGAAUUGGGGUGAUCUGAGGUGUGAAGGUGCAGGAGUUGGGGCUGAUCUGAGGGGAGAAGGUGCAGGAAUUGGGGCUGA